CUCUGGCCGUGGGUCCUGGCGCGCGGCCGACCCCGGCCCGGCAUGGCGUGCUGCCCCUCCCCGCGCCGUCGUUGCGUCUCCCAAGCUCCACCGCCGCCUCUCUCUCUAUAUUGUGCUGCAUCGCCCGGGCCCCCUGCGCUGGUCGUCCUCCGGCGAGGCGCUGCGCUGGCGCAGCAGGGAACCGCUAUCCCUAAUAUACAGAAUGCGUAGAAUGGGGAGAUUGAGAAGCCAAGAUAAUGAAGUACUAAACUUGACCUUACAAAUUGCAAUCCAGAAGAGAGGGAUAUCAACUGUGAUUUGUGAAUCACUUCUAAAUUGGAAUGAGGAGAGAUUGGAAUGAAGAGAGAUUGAGUUUGUGUGCAAAUUAUUCAGUCCCCAAUUUACAGUUACCUGGUUUAAUUUAAUAUUCCCUAAUUUAAUUUUAAUAUUGGAAAGUUUUAUUAAUAUUUUGUAAGUUUUCUUACUAUUUUGUUGUUUCAUAGCCUUCAUAUAUUCUGCAUGUUUCUACUUUGGUAUGUUGAAGUGUUGGCAUUUCUUUAUGUGAAAUUGUUAAACAAUUUCAAGUUAUGCUCAAAUUUUAUGAAUUUAUGAAAUCAUUCUCAAUUGUGUGUUAUAUACUUGCUAUGUAUUAUAAAAUUAGAACUCUGUGGUGUUAUACAUGCCAAACAUUAGGAUUUAGGAGUCUAGGCGGUCAAAAUUUUUUUUGACACCCUUCUACAUUUUGAAUACCCAGGCCAAAAACCCUGGGCUCGCCACUGAGAUCAGCGCAUGUGCAGGUCGCCCCUACUGGCCAGCCCCAUGCCCUCGCCUCCUGCUAGAUUGCUGCACAGCACGGCCCAGAGAUCACACUGAGCCACUGAGUAAGGUGCGAAGUACGAGUUUGAUGUAAAACAAGGUUUCAGUAAACUGGCUCUUGAACCUUGGUCCUUCAGUGCGCAUUGUUUGCGUUCGAGCUAGGUUUGGAGGGUUGCACUGGCUUGAGAGGUCAUACCAGUUUUCACCCCACUGAAUCUUGGUGGUUCUUUACCUGAACUGCUCCCCUAUGCACCCUGUUUCAGUCCCCUCCCAGCCCUUUACAGCAACUCCUGCAAAACAAGUUGUGUCAAGCAGCAAUGCUUUGAGGAAGGCCAUCCAUUUUGUCAACCUGCGGAGAGCUGGAAAGUCUAGUGGAAACCUGGCUAUGAAUUCCAUAUCGAAACCUGCCCCUGGGUCCGAAACAUCUGGGAGGGAGGAUUUUGCUGUGGGGGAUAAGGAUGCUGUGGUCAUUGUUGAUCAUGGGUCAAGACGCCAAGAAUCCAAUCUCUUGCUAAAUGACUUUGUUGAGAUGUUCCGGGCGAAGACUAGCUAUAGGAUUGUUGAGCCUGCUCAUAUGGAGCUAGCGGAGCCUACUAUAAAGGAUGCAUUUGGAAAAUGUGUGCAACAAGGAGCAUCCCGAGUUAUUGUUAGUCCAUAUUUCCUUUCCCCUGGACGACACUGGAAGCAAGACAUUCCUGCUUUAGCAGCAGAGGCAUCAAGGGAGCACUCAAAUAUACCCUAUCUUGUCACUGCCCCUCUUGGGCUGCAUGAGCUUAUGGUGGAUAUCAUGAAUGAUCGCAUCAAGUACUGCCUGCGACAUGUUGCGGGUGAUAUCGAUGAGUGUACAGUAUGUGCUGGAACUGGAAAGUGCCGCCUGUACUCCUGAUGGAGAAUAUCUGGGAGGCACGUCGAUACUGCAGCUUGGAAUCUGACUACAUAUGGCAAUGGAUUUCAAUGCCAAUUGUUUCUCUGUAUUACCAUUUAUCAGUUAGGGUUCAAUUUUUUUUCUCCUGUAUACGAGAUCUGACGAGUGUAUAUCCAGGUCCACCGUGUACUGUGAAACCUAAAGUUACCAUUGCAUAGUUCAUCUUGUAAUCUCAGACUGUCCAUAUUCUGAGCAGAUCGUCAGAAUAAAACAAGUGGUAACAAAUUAGUUAUGCAUGGUGCAUGCUUGCAGAACGUCAAUGAUGAUUAGAGAUUCAUUAGGUAAUCCUGAGUCAAUUAUUCAUGA